UCCCACUAUACUAUAAACUCCAGCUGUGUGCAUUUUUUGGCCUGUCAUAAUAAUAACAAUAUGUACAAUAUGGCAAUAAUUUUUGGGACAAUACAUCUUCCAAAAUAAAAUAGUUAUCAUGACAGGCCUAGUCAUUUGAAUGAAUACCUACUGUUUCCUAAAUCAUUAUUUCAUACAUGCUCCUCUUCCCUGAGGACGGUAAGGAUGGUAAGACCCUGAACACGUACGUGGUGUCAGCAAGUGUAAUUAAUGCUGCAGAGCCGGUAGAGGGCCUGAAGGAGCCAGUCAUUGUCCGACUUCAUCAUCUGGACACUCAUAUAACUGACGAAGAUGUGCGCUGUGCGUAUUGGGAUUUCAACAAGAAUGGUGGUUUUGGAGGCUGGAGUUCAAGAGGCUGUUGGAAGUAUAAUGUUUCCUCAGAAUACACAACUUGCAUGUGUGACCACCUCACACACUUCGGAGUGCUGCUGGAUGUGUCCAGAACUCCAAUUGAUGGACCAAAUGAGACAAUUCUCACAGUCAUCACAUACAUCGGCUGCGGACUCUCCUCAUUCUUCCUGGGCAUUACGGUGCUGACAUACUCUCUGCUAGAGAAAUUAAGGAGAGACUACCCAUCUCAGAUUCUCCUGAACCUCUCCAUUGCUUUACUGGGUCUUAACAUCGUUUUUCUCACCAAUUCCUGGCUCUCAGCUUUCACCAUUUAUGGUCUCUGCAUUGCUGUAGCGACGGCCCAGCACUACUUCCUUCUGGCCUCAUUCUCCUGGAUGCUGCUGGAGGCGGUGAACCUGUACUUUGCACUGGUGAAAGUUUUCAACGUCUACAUUCCUUCCUACAUCCUCAAGUUCUGCGUCCUCGGCUGGGGAGUUCCUCUGCUGAUUUGUUUCCUGGUGCUGGUGGUGAAGCAGCAAGCCUAUGCUUCUUUCAGUGAUGGCCUGGAACGUCUGGAAAAUGCUGAGAUGUUCUGCUGGAUUCAGGAUGAUGUGGUUUUCUACGUGACUGUGGUGGGCUAUAUCGGGCUAGUGCUCGUCUGCAACUCCUCCAUAUUUGUGGUGGUACUGCUGCAGAUGAAGAAGAUGCGCAUGAACCAGCCGGCUGGAACGCAUCGGGACCUGCUGAAGGACCUGAGGGGAGUGGCCAGUCUCACUCUGCUGAUCGGACUCACCUGGUCUUUUGCUUUCUUCACUUGGGGUCCAGCCAAGGUUCCUCUGCUCUACCUGUUUACCAUCCUGAACAGCCUGCAAGGUUUCUUCAUUUUUGUUUUUCAUUGCCUCUUGAAGGAAAAUGUGCGUAAACAAUGGAGGGUCCACCUGUGUUUCGGACGCUUUAAACUUCAAGAUCACUCGGACUUGAGCCAUACUGCGACUGUUACUGCCAAACCCAAACAGUGGCAGCUCCCAAAGUUUCCUACGGUGGCUUCAUUCAGGUCCAGUAAGUCCAACUCCACUCAGAGUUCAUCAGCGUCCUCAGACUCCAGCCAGCGUCAUGUGUCUAUCAGGAGACCGAGUCUGGGUGUGGUGUACCAGCAGGGUCUUGUUCUGCCCCGAAUCCACUGCGACCCCUCUUUCCACCAUAGUAAUAAUUCUAUUGCUAAUGAUAAUCUCCCACUGGCCAGUGAAUACGAGAUCCAUUCCUGGAUUCCUAAAGAUGGAUUCAGCUGUGACAAUUACUUUACCUAAAUCUGACUGUGUGUUAUUGAUCUGUUGUUUAUAUUUGUAGAUGAAUAUGGUGCCGAAGGUAUUUCGAUUUGUAUUUGAAGCUUUGCUAGAUAAAAUUAGCUUAAGCUUGUUGUUUCUUUUUCCCAUGUAUUCACUACAAAGAACUAUGAGUAAAACAUUGUGUACACACUGCCAUUAUUAAAAAAGCUAAACAUAUUUCUGUACAUUUAA